AUGUGUACAUCCCCAUAUGUACUAUAUAUGGUAUUACCUGCUAAACACCACACAGGCGACGUCGCAUUCUCAGUUAGUCCAUAGGUCGGGAUAGCUGCCAUUGUUUUGUGCUCGUUAUUUUUAUAAUUUUUAAUUCAUUUAUAGAAGUAAUAAAAAAUUAAACGUUGAUUGCUUUAUAGUAUAUAUUCUAAGAUGAUCUACAUUGCCACUUUGGACGUAGGCACUACCACCGUGCGCUGCUUCAUCAUAGAUGCCAGAGGUGAAGUUUUGGGUUCGUCCACUGAAAGGGUCAAAUUGCUGAACCCUCAACCGGGGCACUUUGAAAUUGAACCAGAAACGCUGUGGGCUCAAAUCGUCAGCGUUGUAAACAGGGCAGUUAUAGAUGCCCAAUUAAAACCCUGUGAUAUCACGAACUUUGGUUUGUCGACACAACGCUGUACAUUUCUUACUUGGAACCACGAAACACAGGAGUAUUACCAUAAUUUUAUAACAUGGAAAGAUUUGCGUGCGAAUACAUUAGUGGACCAAUGGAAUACUGGAGCAGCUAUUAAGGCAUUAAACAUAUUUUCUUACGUUUUGUACUUGAUUACACGGAGCAAACGAUUUCUAGCAGCAAGUGUGCUGAAAAUGAUGAAUGGGCAGGUUAUUCGAGGUGAACACAUUAAAACAGAGGAGAGUAACACAAAUGUUCAGUAUAAGUUAAAAGCGACAAAAACCACGAUUAAAACAUUACAAGGUAAAUUCAUUCUCUCAAUUCUUCAGCCAUGAUAUUUUUCUGCGGUUUGCAAGCAUUUUAAAAUCAUAUAAAAUUGAAA